GGAUCCGGCGCUAGCCGCGGGGGCUGCUGAGGAAACCGAUUGCCCGCCGCCUCGCCAGCCUCAGCCCCCGCAGAAUGUCCUCGCUGGCCCGCGGCUUCGAGCCCCAAGUUCCCGAGGACUUGGGGCGGCGGAGUUUGGCAGAGCUGCGGGAGAUGUUGAAGCGCCAGGAGAGACUUUUGCGCAACGAAAAAUUCAUUUGCAAAUUGCCCGACAAAGGUAAAAAGAUCUUAGACUCUGUUGCCAAAGUGAAAGCUGCCAUUGCCGAAUGUGAAGUUAGAGGGAAAAGUGGACUGUUUCAUCCUGUUAGUUUAGACUGUAAGCUACGGCAAAAAGCAGUUGCAGUUGUUGAUGUGGACACUGAAACAGCCCAGAGUUCUGACCGGAUACUUGAUACUUCAUCGCUAGUCUGUGGCUCUUCCUCUGUAAGUAACACCGGGUCAUCUAAAACCACCUCCCAGCAGCGGGGACUUGUACAUCCUCCUCACGAAGGCAAUGAAGAGGCUCCUGAAGUUGAGUCCACAGUGAGCGCGUGCCCAGCUUCCCGUAGCAGAGCCAGCGCGCCUUCCUCCUGCGCAGCUGGUGAGCGUCUCCUUCAGCAUCGUGUUUCAAGUCAAGCAGAAGAUAAUUUGAGCAGCUCUGACAGCCUGUUUAUUAAUAGGUUACAGAGGAUCACAAUUGUGGACUCAGGUGAAGAGCACUCAGAAGAGAACAGGAGUGCUGAGAACUUGGCAAGGUUCGAUAGUGGAGCACAGAAGAAGCCUCAUUUCAUGGAAGUGCUAGAAACUCGAGCCAAAAACCCAGUACCCCCACUACACAAAUUUAAAACUAAUGUAUUACCUUCACAACAGAAUGAUUCAUCUAGUCAUUGGCAGAGAAGAGGGUCUCCCAUCUCCUCGGAAGAAAGGCAGCUCAGGGAUAAGAAGCAUCUUGAUGAUGUCACAGCAGCCCGGCUUCUGCCACUUCACCAUAUGCCCGCACAGCUGCUCUCCAUAGAAGAAUCUUUGGCACUUCAGAAACAACAGAAACAGACUUAUGAGGAGAUGCAAGCCAAACUCGCAGCACAAAAAUUAGCUGAAAGACUGAACAUUAAGAUGCAGAGCUAUAAUCCCGAAGGGGAGGCUUCAAGGAAGUACCGAGAAGUGAGGGAUGAAGACGACGAUCAGUCCUCUGGAGAUGAAUUCUGAAGAUGCCAGUGGGAUGUAAAUCUCUGCCUGUUGAGUUGUCAUGAUCCUACAUCAGACUUUAAAACAAGUAUCAAGAUCGGUGUCAGACAUUGUCGAGGGAAGGUAUUUUUUAAAGUUACACAAAGGUAGCUAUAAAAACAGCCCAGUUUGUCUUAUCAAAAGAUGACUUUCAUGUGCUUAAAAAGUUUAAUAUUUGAAUAUUGUGUUUUAACCAUACUGUAUUAAAGUUUUGCAGUAUGUUGUGUGUUGGUCUGAUAUUUUAGUACAUAGUAAGCACAGGAUUUUUUUCUCUAAGUCAAAUGAAGCAGGUAACUGCUCUUUUCCUGGCUCUUACCUCUGUGGAAUAGCAUUUAUUACAUGUCUGUCAGUGAAAUACUUGGUUGCCCCGGGCAUCACCUAAAAUGAAUUAGGAACAUAGAGUUCCUUCCUUUUUCAAGGAAUGAAGAGAGCAGCCUAGAAAAUUUUAUGCAUGUUUGCAUGGGGUUAAUGAAGUAAUUGGAUGUGAAAUACCUAGGAAGACACUCCUACAGGAUUCUGAAAUGUUUGUUUCCUUCUUCUGUCUUCCCUUAGGAAGAAUGUUAUCUUCUGAUUAGGAAUAGGAGUACUUUCAGUUGGUGCUGGAGGGUGGACGGUCUUUCUGGAUGAUCAUAUUUGCCCAAAGUGACACAAGAUACAGGAAAAGUCUAGGGUGACUAGGUGAAGGGAGGAGCUGUUCUUGGGCUUGACCUGACUUGAGUUCAUUGCUCUAAGAGGUGACAGGUUCAGUUUGGUAAGAAUACAAAAUUUUUUUAAACUACAAUUGAAUUGUCAAUACACCGCCUCUCCCCACUCCGCAAGAGCCGUAUAUAGGCUACAGAAAUCUCAGUCUCAUAUGUAUACACAUUUAUGUACUUUUCAAGGAUUACAUGGUUUUCAGAGAUUUCUUUGUUUAAUAUGUUAGAGAUUCUAAACAGUGCUGAAAGGAAGAAUAAAAUAUUAGAGCAACUUCA